AUGGCUAACCUUAGGUACAUGAAGAUAAUUUGGUUUCACCUUGAAGGUAUUCCUACAGUAUCUGGGGAUGAUACUCUAAAAUCUUUACUUUUACAAGAAACUCCAUUGUGGGUUAUGGAUAAUCCAAUAGAUACACCGGAUAAGCCUUUCAUCGGCAUGCAGUUUGAUUAUGACAAUGAAGCAUAUGAGUUCUAUAACAGUUACAGAGGAAGAUUGGGUUUUAGUGUCAGAAAAGACCAUGUAAAUAAGAGCAAGAAGGAUAAAAAUGUGAUAACUUCGAGGAGAUUUGUUUGUAGUCAACAAUGUAUUCGGCCAAAAGACAAGCGUGUUGAUGAUGCAAGGAACUCUCGAGUAGAGACGAGAACUAAUUGUGUUGCUCGUAUGGGAAUAAUUCUUUUGCAAACUGGAAAAUACGAAUGCCAAGAUUUUGUUGAGGAGCAUAAUCAUGAGCUUCAUGUAGCAUCUAGCACCCACAUGAUGCGGUUACAACUGAUCAUUUCAGAUGUAUAUGCCUCUGAAAUUGAGUUGGCUGAUAAUUCUGGAAUUAGACCUAAGCCCUUUUUUGAGUUCAUGGGCAACCAGGCAGGUGGGAAACAGAGUCUUGGUCAUACCCGAGUCGAUCAUUACAAUUAUCUCCGUACUAAACGUCAGCGUGACUUAAAGUAUGGUGAACCGGGGAUUUGUUACGAUAUUUUGUGA